AUGCUCGCCAAGCUCUCUGCACUCCUCGCGGCAGCCGCCGGCUCGGCAUCGGCCAUCGGCAUCAGCAUCGACACAAACCGGGUGGCUUACUGGCCGAUGGCGGUGGACUGCAACAACAUCUGCGUGCGCGUGUCCUACUCCGGGCGGUCGCUGAACCUGCUGCGCGUCGACCAGUCGGGCGGCGCCUACGACAUCUCGUACGACGCCUGGAACACGCUCGUCUCGGGCCAGCCGGCGACCGUGCAUCCCGUCACGGGGGGGUCUGUUGCUAUGGACUACGACACGGUGCCGGCCGACCAGUGCGCCUCGCUGCUGCACACGGGCGCCCUGCCGCUCAGCGCUGCUAAUAGCAUGAACUUCUUGUUCGGCUGCCUCGCCCGACCGAGCAGCUGGGUCGCCAACCACUACCAGCUGUACAACAUUGCCAAUGCCGACUGCACGUUUGGGCACGAUGAGCAAUGCACCCUCCCCUCCGGCCAGAACCAAGCCACUUGUCCCCAUCAGCUCGGCGCCACCUCCCCGCUCGUCGGCGACACUGUCUACAACGUCCAGUACGGCACCGGUGCGCUGAUACCGGCUCCGUAG